AUGCCACGCGAAGAAGAGCCUCUCCUACCUCGUGCACAGCCCAAACCUACGCCACGCCUCGCCGCCUAUCUCAAACAGGAAGUCUCACCUCAUCGGGGCGAUCUCGUUCUCCUUCUUUGCUAUGUCAUCACCGGACUCCUCGACAGCUCCGCCUUCUUCAUCUGGGGCUCCUUUGUGAGCAUGCAAACCGGAAACACGGUCUAUCUCGGCCUAGGACUAGCACAAGCAGACCCCGACCGUCGAUGGGUGAAAUCCGGUCUCUCGAUUGCCAGUUUCUGCGCGGGAUCGCGGUUAUUCGGCACGUUUUAUCGUCUUUGUGGUCCGUCUGCACGACGGCGCUGGGCCCUCUCCGCGUCGUUCCUAUUUCAGGCGCUACUGGUUGGCAUUGCCGCGGUGAUUGUUACACUGCAUCGUCAUCACCAUCUUACCGCGGAAGAGUGGCGCGUUCUGGUUCCGUUAUGUCUGGUAGCUUUCCAAAGCAGUGGUCAAGCGGUGACGAGCCGGGUUCUCGAAUGCCGGGGACUGACUAGUGUGGUGCUGACGAGCGUCUACUGCGAUCUUUUCUCGAAUUCAAUUGGUUUCAAUGUCGAACAGCGGCGGCGUGUUGCGGCUAUUCUAUGCUUGGGGCUAGGCACCAUGCUAGGGGGUCUAUGGGCGAAGAGUCCUACAGGAUUGUCGGGGGCAUUGUGGACAGCGGUGGCUUUGAAGGGGGGAAUUGGGGGUGCGUGGAUGGCAUGGCCAGGGGUUGCAUAG